GCAUGAUACUAAUCAAGCAAUCACUUUGCUUAACCAUGUCUUCCCUUGUCAUGCUCUCUGCUGCUGUCCUCCUCGGCCUCCUCCUGCCUUCUUCCAGUGCCUACAACAUUCUCUAUGGCGGCGACACGCUGAGCACCGGCCAAUCCAUCACCCAUGGGGCCUAUACCUUCAUCAUUCAGUCCGACUGCAACCUGGUCCUGUACGACAACGGCCGGGCCGUGUGGUCCUCCGGCACCUACGGCCGAGGCCGCAACUGCAUCCUCAGCAUGCAGACCGACGGCAACCUCGUCAUCUACGACGGCAGUAAGAAGGCUGUUUGGGCGAGCAACUCACGUGGCUCGCAGGCCAACUACAUCCUCGUCCUGCAGCGCGACCGCAACGUCGUCAUCUACGGCGCUCCGAGGUGGUCAACCGGCACCCACACCGCCAAUUCCGAAGGCGUCGUGAUCGUCAAAAGCGAUCAGAACGAUAUUAGCUUCACUCCGAUGACCCAGGACAGGAAGAUCGCCAUGGUGACUAAUAAUUAAUUGCUUCACUACGAAUAAAAUGAUUAAUAAAAUGAACUAAAGGCGAUCGAGGCACAAAUAAUUAUCUACGGGGUAGCCUACCGCGGGAUUUGAAACUUAGAUGGUUAAUUAAUCGUUGAAUUGAUUAACCAUUGGAGUGUCUGACUCGCUGCACCAUUGCCCCGGGCAACCUCCCUCGUAUAUAUAUGGUUAAUUAUCUUGUUUUCUGCCACUGUCAGGAUGUACUGCUUGCUCUGUUUUUUUUUAAACAAAAAAAAUUAAGUUUAA